AUCCCUCCCCCUUCCCCCCUGCGGCGAGGCGGGUGGUGCGGUCCGGCCAGCGCGUCCCGUUGCUAAGGGGGAAGGCGGCAGCCGCCAUGGCCGGCGUCGUGCGGCCGGGGAAGGAGGCAACAGCCGCCGUCCUGGUGCAGGCUCAAGAUGACCUUCACAAGCUUAAAGUGAAAAAUACCAACUUGAAAGGAAAUGUGGAAGCCGUGGAUAUUAGUGACCUUGAAACAGCAACUGAAAGAACUGAACUUGGUCUGAGAAAACAUUCUGAAAAUUAUUUAAAUGCUAUAAACAGACAAGUGUUAACUAUUUCUUCUGCUGAUAAUAAAGAAGUACGUUCAAAAGAGCCCUCUAAAUGGGGCCUUCAUUUUGGUGCUCCUCAGAAGCAGCUUAUUUUACCCCGAGUACCUGUUGAGCCCAUGACUGUCCAGGCAUACAGCAAAUCAGCACUACGCAUUUCUCAAGGUUCACAGCAGGUGGAAAUGGAUAUGAAAAUAAUGCUUGACCCAGAGAACAUCAAUAAUAAAGCUGGUUUAAUACGACAGAACUAUGAGACCCGGCUACCACUUAUAACUGAGAAAAAAUCUGUUCCUAUGUGUAGUCAGAAGGUAGUGAAAGGUCAUACAGUUAGCAGCCUUUGGGGUUUGCCUGCCUCUCGCUGCAUGGAUUCUUCCUUUCCCCAGUUAGAAGAAGAUACAACGAAAGGUAUUCUGAGCCUAACUGAACAAAGGCUUAUCCCUCCAGCAGCAAAGACGACUCUCCAGACACCUCCUGUUGUAUGCAAAGCCGCACCUUUCCAUGUAUUUCACAGGCAGCACAAGAGAUCUGCUGGAGGAGAGAACAGUAGUAUGGUGGACCCUGAAAAUAGAGACACCAUCACCUUCCCAAACUCAAAGGAAGCAAUUUAUGGCACAUACUCCUCUAGUAAAGGUAACAUUGCACCACUUCCAUCCAGCAGCUCCGUGGUUUCAGCAAGGAAGUCAAAGCCAGCGUGGAUAUAUCCAGCUCAACAGUUGAAAUCUGAGCUGCAGAUUCCCGCUCAGACACAGCCCCCGCAAAUGUCUCCAUGUCAGUCCUUACAGGAUCCGUGCUUUGAUUGCGACAUUGCUGUUUACCAUGGCACGACAGACCAGAAAGCUCCAGGCUUUCUGGCGCUCAAGCAACAUUAUUGUUUAUCCUGGGGGAGCAUUGUUUCUUUUUUGGAACAUACAGAAAAGCUUUUCAAGGACUACGCUGUACCGUUGGCUAUAAUAAACUGUAAGAAGUUGGCGGAAGUUGCAUCGGGCUUCGAGCUUGAUGAGAACCCUACCAAAAGUGACAUCCUGUCAGUGAUAAAGAAUCAGUCAACUGUGGAAAAGAUCUUAAAUCGACCUGGCCAGAGGUACAAAGGCCAGGGGGGUACCGAAAUGGCCGCCACAAAGAUCCAAGCAACAUGGCGGUGUUCUCGGGCCAGAAGAGCCUACGUCCAUUUCAGGCAGCAGCAGUGGGCAUCAGGUGUGAUCGCCAUUUCUUGGCUCUUGCGUAAUCACGUGGCACGUGUGAAAAAGACCCUGAAGGAAUCACGUCAGAGACACCUGGAGAAUUUUUACAUCAGGGCCAAGCAUCUGGCAGCCAACUGGAAUCGCAUCAGGACCUCCAGGAGGACUAUUAUCCAUAUCCCAUCAUUAGGAUAUUCCCAGUGUGCCCGUGAGCAUAUCCCUGAUCUUGCUCUCCAACAGAAUAUGCAGAUGGGAAGGCUGUGUGACAUACUGGAUGCCAACGUGGACGUCAUCUACAUCUGCCCCCUUCAUCUGAGUGAGGAGUUACUGCAGUAUUACAAUAAACUCCUGGGUCUGCAGGCAGCUGUUAGAUCUGGGAACCCUGAGGACAUGGGUGACCUGCAGGACAGGUUCAGAAUUCUCACCCCUGAAGCUAUAAACAGCUUCCCUAAGCAUCGCAUGUGUCUAGCCACUCAGCUGAAGUACAGCCCCAAGACAAUCAAAAGAAUAAAAAUUCUUAUCCAGAGCAGAGAUGCCUACAUUAUUGGCGGGGUUCCCCACAAAGAUGAUUUAGCAGUGGCUGACAUGCUAAAUGUGCCUAUAUUAGGCUCGGUGCCAGAAGUGGCUCAUCUCUAUAGCACCAAGGCGGGAAGUAAACGAAUUUUUGCCAGUGCUUGUGUGCCAACCCCUCCCGGAGAAUCGGACAUCUCCAGCAGUGAACAGAUGAUUCGUGUGCUCAGCCGGCUGAUCGUUGACAACCUGGAAGUGCGGCGCUGGCUGUUUAAAGUGAAUGAUGGGUCUGGAGGAAACGGCACUGCCUAUUGUGACAUUACCUCGCAUUUGGAAUGCUACCACUGGGUUCAAAGGGAACGUCAGAGAUACAGCCCCGAGAAAUGGAGUAAGAAGUGGGCGCGUGAGCCAGCUUUGGUGAAGAUCUCCCAGGAGCUGCCGGGCCUUUUAGCACAGCACGUACAGCCAGUCAAUGAGAAACGAUUCCCUACAUGGGAAAAAUUCCUCCAAACAUUUCUUAGUCAAGGUGGUGUGAUAGAAGCCUUCCCGUUCUCAGAAAAUGUCACAAACCUUACGGUGGAUAUGCUGAUAGAGCCAACAGGCAAGAUAAAAAUAGUGUCAUCUGGAGACCAGCUCCACGCUGACGGUCCUUUGAGAUCAUCUGGCACUACCAUUCCACAAGGUUCUGUUGAUCCAGCAGUUCUUAAUUCGCUCUGCUUAAAAAUCGGAGAAACCUGUAAAUCUAAAGGAGUGCUUGGUUAUUUCUCGGUUGAUUUUGUGACUUUCAUCCACCCGCAAACGAUGGAGCAGCAGGUAUGGGCAACAGACCUUGACCUUUGCUAUAGUGACCAGCUGGCCUUGACUCAGCUCAUGUUGUAUGUGACAGAUGGAAAUCUGGAUUGUCACUCCAGCCGCUUUGAAGUAUCUCUUGGUUCACAGAAAAUGAAAAGCCAACAUAUUCAGCACCGGGAGACAAAAACUCCUUCUCCAACAAGCAAUCGGUGUGCAGUAGCAAGCAGUCAACUGAGGCACUCCAGCCUUUCCGUAAUCUGCUAUAAUGUUUUCCUCCAGAUGUGUAAAGCUCGUGGUGUUGGAUUUGACCUCCAGGAAAAACAGGGAACAGUUUUUCUAUUGUAUGAAGAUCAGAAGCGAUACAGGCUGGGAAUGAUAACAAUCGGCGAGGAUCUCCAGGGGGUCCUCAUGACCUUUGCUCGCAAUCUCUUCAUCAUCCAUCAAGAAAUAUCAGCACCUAAUAUGCAAGGCGAGACCAAUUUUAAGAUGGCAAUUCAAGAUAUUGAAGCAAUUCUAGGAAUUACAGCAGAAAACAAACUGAAAUUGGAAGAAGAGCAACCUUCGAAAGCAGAUGCUCUGAAAGAAUAGUUAACGGAAAAUGUUUAAGUGCCUUAUUCUUUAUGCUUCUGGAAAUGCUUUCUCAUCUGUAAGAACAGGUUUGGUUUUCCUUCUGCACUGGCAUGUGAAGUAGCAUAAACUGAGACAGUACAUUUCCACUGUUUCUGAGUGCGGUGUUUAGAAUAACAUCCCUUCUUUCAGAAAAAUAAACCGUUAAAAAGCAGAGGAUCAUGAUAAAUGCUCCUCAUGUUCACACUGUCAUUCCUCAAGUACAGUAUCUGUUCCUAAAAUCUUAUUAAUAGGGGUCACCCUGUCUUCGACACUAAAUCAGACUAGGAGAUCGUACUCCUUUGAGGAGAGU